CAGAAAUCAUGCCAGUCGUUCGGAUGCUGUGGAGGGUUGCCAGCCGGAUGCUACAGAGCCUGGCCUGUGGCUGCCGGGCACCUGUCCUGCCCAGCCGAUUUCUGGGCACCUCCCCUCGGCAGAUUCCAGCGGAUGCCAAUUUCCACUGUACCUCAUUCUCUGAAGCAGACCAGCCGCGCAUCUUAAUUACAGGGGGUCUUGGCCAGCUUGGAGUGGGGCUUGCUAGCUUUUUGAGGAAACGAUUUGGGAAGGACAACGUGAUUCUGUCUGACAUUCGGAAGCCCCCCGAGCACAUCUUCCUUAGUGGCCCGUUUAUUUAUUCUGACAUCCUGGAUUACAAGAAUCUCCGGGAGAUUGUGGUGAACAACCGCAUCACCUGGCUGUUUCAUUAUAGCGCCCUGCUCAGUGCAGUGGGAGAAGCAAACGUGUCCCUGGCCAGAGCUGUGAACAUCACCGGGCUGCACAAUGUCCUGGAUGUUGCCGCGGAGCACGGUCUGCGAUUGUUUGUGCCAAGCACCAUAGGGGCAUUUGGACCCACUUCUCCUCGGAACCUAGCCCCUGAUCUCUGUAUCCAGAGACCCAGGACCAUCUACGGGGUGUCCAAGGUCCAUGCAGAGCUCAUGGGAGAGUAUUAUUACUACCGGUAUGGGUUAGAUUUCCGAUGUCUGAGAUAUCCUGGAAUCAUUUCCGCUGACUCCCAGCCUGGAGGAGGAACGACUGACUAUGCAGUCCAGAUUUUCCACGAUGCUGUCAAGAAUGGCAGAUUUGAGUGCAAUCUGAAACCCAGCACAAAGCUCCCAAUGAUGUACAUUGAUGACUGCCUCCGGGCCACCCUGGAGGUCAUGGAGGCCCCGGCAGAGUCCCUCUCCAUGAGGACCUACAACAUCAAUGCCAUGAGCUUCACGCCCGCGGAGCUGGCUCAGGAGGUUCUCAAGCAUGUUCCCGAAUUCCAGAUCACCUACAACGUGGAUCCUGUCCGACAGGCCAUAGCCGAUAGUUGGCCGAUGAACUUUGAUGAUAGCAAUGCCCGGAAGGACUGGGGGUGGAAGCACGAUUUUGACCUCCCGGAGCUGGUGACGACGAUGUUGAACUCCCACGGUUCCGAGAGCAGAGUUGCCCAGGCUAACUGAAGGGGCCGAAGGAAGAGCUCAUGCGUCCUGGGCGGCUGUUCCGGGAAAGCCGUAACAACCCCAAGGUUCUAGACCCCGAGGAAUCUAGGUGAUGUGGAGUUGAAGAACUAAUUGGACUCAAUUUUCCCAGCUCAUAUUGAACUGCCAGAUGGAGAAUUGACUUGGCUGUAGCAUUUUUUUCAGUGCUGUAGGUUUGGUCAUAGGACUUCUGAAUCUUUGCUGUUUGCCUAAACUUGUCCAAACAUACAAAUCACAGAAUGAAGACUUAAGUCGUAAUAGUUUUCCAUUUCCUUAACUAAGAUGAAGGGACCAUUUCUGGGAGGGGAGAAGUAUGUGAUGUUUAUAUUAAAUUAAACUUAAA